AUGACAUGUUUCCUGUCAAGAUGGCGGAUAAUCUUCCUUCGGAGUUUGAUGUGAUCGUAAUAGGGACGGGUUUGCCUGAAUCCAUCUUUGCAGCUGCAUGUUCAAGAAGUGGCCAGAGGGUUCUGCAUGUUGAUUCAAGAAGCUACUAUGGAGGAAACUGGGCCAGUUUUAGCUUUUCAGGACUGUUGUCCUGGCUAAAGGAAUACCAGGAAAAUAGUGACAUUGUGAAUGAAAGUCCAGUGUGGCAAGAGCAGAUCCUUGAAAAUGAAGAAGCCAUUUCUCUUAGCCGGAAGGACAAAACCAUUCAACAUGUGGAAGUAUUUUGUCAUGCCAGUCAGGAUUUGCAUGAAGAUGUCGAAGAAGCUGGUGCACUGCAGAAAAAUCACGCUUCUCUGACAUCUGUGAACUCCACAGAAGCUGCACGUUCUGCCGGCCUGCCUACAGAAGAUGAGUCAUUAAGCGCUGAGAGCUGUGAAAUGCCCACAGAACAAACUCCAAGCAGUCACCCAGAAAGUGCCCUAGAAGUGAGUGAUGUCAAAAAGACAGGGGAGAAAGAAAAUCACUGUGAUGAUGAAACUUGCGCACAGUUAACCUCAGAAGGAGAAACAAAUGAAAAUGUGCCUACAGCAGAAGACAUUUCAGAGCAACCACAGAAAAGUAGGAUUACUUACUCUCAAAUUAUUAAAGAAGGCAGGAGAUUUAAUAUCGAUUUGGUAUCGAAGCUCCUGUAUUCACGAGGACUGCUAAUUGAUCUUCUAAUUAAAUCUAAUGUGAGUCGAUAUGCAGAGUUCAAAAAUAUUACCAGGAUUCUUGCAUUUCGAGAAGGAAGAGUGGAACAGGUUCCUUGUUCCAGAGCAGAUGUUUUUAAUAGCAAACAACUUACUAUGGUAGAAAAGAGAAUGCUAAUGAAGUUUCUUACAUUUUGUCUGGAAUAUGAGGAACACCCUGAUGAAUAUAAAGCUUAUAAGGACAUUGCAUUCUCUGAAUAUUUAAAAACUCAAAAAUUAACCUCCAAUCUCCAAUACUUUGUCUUGCAUUCAAUUGCAAUGACAUCAGAAAUAGCCAGCAGUACCAUAGAUGGUCUCAAAGCUACCAAGAACUUUCUUCACUGUCUUGGGCAGUAUGGCAACACUCCAUUUUUAUUCCCUCUUUAUGGCCAAGGAGAACUCCCUCAGUGUUUCUGCAGGAUGUGUGCUGUGUUUGGAGGAAUCUAUUGUCUUCGUCAUUCAGUACAGUGCCUUGUUGUGGACAAAGAAUCUGGAAAAUGCAAAGCAAUCAUAGAUCAGUUCGGUCAGAGAAUAAUCGCUAAGCAUUUCCUUGUGGAGGACAGUUACUUUUCUGAGAACACGUGCUCGAAUGUGCAAUACAGGCAGAUCUCUAGGGCAGUCCUGAUUACAGAUAGAUCUGUACUAAAAGCAGAUUCUGAUCAACAGAUUUCCAUUUUGACAGUGCCAGCAGAGGAACCAGGAACUUUGGCUGUUCGGGUCAUUGAGUUAUGUUCUUCCACAAUGACAUGCAUGAAAGGCACAUACUUGGUUCAUUUGACUUGUACAUCUUCUAAAACAGCAAGAGAAGAUUUAGAACCAGUUGUGCAGAAAUUGUUUGCUCCAUAUACCGAAACGGAGAUAGAAAUUGAAGAAGUUGAAAAGCCAAGACUUCUGUGGGCUCUUUACUUCAAUAUGAGAGAUUCUUCAGAUGUCAGCAGGAACGCUUAUAAUGAUUUACCAUCCAACGUUUAUGUCUGCUCUGGCCCAGACUGUGGUUUGGGAAAUGAUAAUGCAGUCAAACAGGCUGAAACACUUUUCCAGCAAAUCUGUCCCAAUGAAGACUUCUGUCCACCUCCACCUAAUCCUGAAGACAUUAUCCUUGAUGGAGAUAGUUUGCAACCAGAGGCUUCAGAAUCCAAUGUCAUACCCAAGGCCAACUCCAAGACUCCCAAGGAAAAUGCAAACCUGGGAAACCCACAGAUGCCCUCUGAAUAAUGGAUACACACCAAACAGGAUACUCCACUUUGGAAAUUCUUCCUGGCCUCAGAGUCUUCUUGAUGGAAGAACUGUUCGAAAAAUGUUAGAAAACAGCAGCUAUUUGACAUGAGAAUUGCCAAGAGAAACAGGUCAUAGAAAUCCAAAAGGGGAUUUUCCUUAAAGAGGACAUUCCAAAAACACAAAACACUUGUAAAGCACAUUGACUUGCCUGCUUUAAGAUACCACACCUGUGGAAUUAGCAGAUUAAAAAUUAUAAUAAAUGGAUUGAUUCCCAGGAAGUUAGCUGUGGAUAUGAAAGUGAUCCUAUGCAUUGUUAAUAAUUCUGUGGUAUUGGACAGCUAUUGCUUGCCACUUUGGAUCUUUGUUUGAAAGCCACAUCUUCAGAAUCAGCUCACAUAUUUCCUUUGAUUAUUUGAAUUAUAUUUUCUUUAUGGGUAGGCACGUCAUGACACAAAUUAUAAAAGCGUAUGUAAAUGCAGUUAAGAGAAACUAAAAUAUGAUCUGUGUAGAAAUCUAUGUUUGCAAUAGAGGUUUUAUUUUCUAUCUUGGAAGUGUUGAGAAUACUAAUAUUAAAGUAGACAUUUUUACAAGCAAAUCAUGAGUCCAUUACUCAGUGUUCUUAAUGUUAGAAGUGAUAUUUGUACAUCCAUCAUUUAUACACUAGGAAAAUUCAACACUGAAGAAAUGGGAAGAUUUAGAAAGACUCAUCAGUAUUUGGAAAUUCUGUCUAGUCUAGUAACUGGAGCACUACCCUAAAUGUCUGUAAACCUAAUUUAGUCCUAGCUAUGGUACUGAUGAUAUUAGGCAAAUUGUUUAAUUCCUGGGCGUCAGUUUCUCCAUAUGUAAGGUUGAAAUAGUAGUACCCUGCCUAUUGUAUGAGAAUGAUUUUAAAGAUAAAUGCAGUGCCAUCCUUAGAAUGGUUUUUCUGGAAGAAAAAUUGUUUCAGAAUUUUUCCAUGGUCUUGAGGGUGAAUAUCAGAAAUCUCUAGCAGCAAGUAAGUGCUUGCUGUCAACUCCCCCAACAUAAUAGAUCACCCUGUUUUUGUUACAUUAAAUUUUAAAAGAAAGUUAAAAUGUAUUAGUAAUACUAAAUUAGUAUUAAUUUAGUGGUCUUACAGGCCACUAAACAUAGUAACAUGUGGAAUUAUGGUUCUGAAUUUUAAGGAGAGCACUCUUAAUUCUUCAUUAAUUCCUCUUAAUUCCUCUUUUGGUAGGAAAACCUGAAACCACCAAGGACUCAGAGUAGAAUAUGACAACUGGUAAACUCCAGUAUAUGCUUAACAUAAAAAUCUUAGGGCUGUACAUAAGCAGCAAAUCUAGUUACAGGGACAAUGACUAUAUUAAAAUUUUACCAAAUGGCAAUCUUUGAUGGUUUACUUUUUUGAGCAAUGGUUUGAACUUAACACCUUAUUUCAAUAAAUAUGUAAAAAGUUGUACAGUCUGGCCUAUAUUGCCAAUCAGAGAGCCAUGGCUACAAAUAGACAGUACAUGGUUCUUAGAAGCUUCAGCUGUUGAGGGCUUCUGACCUCUCCCGAUUUGAAAAAUCUGUCAGGCCACAGGUUCAUGGGAACUAGAUCCAAGGAAUGUAGCUCUUGCCUCACCUUUCCAACCGCCCCCCCCCCCCCCCCCCCCACCGAGCUAUAGCUCAAUCCAGAUAAAAGGAAAAUCUUCCCAACCUCCCAGGCUAAUCCUAACCCCUCUGGUCAUUGUGCAACCCCUUCCCCAUCCUUUAAGUCCCUUGUUUCCCUUUCUUCCCCUUUUAUAAUGUUAUACAAAUCAGGGACGGUAGAGUCACAUUAUAAUCUACUUUGUUGUAUGGAUUCAGAUCUUUGCUAAGUCAAAUCUUGUUUCGUGAAACCCAACCAUGGCAUGGCCUAAAUGCACAACGCAUACUUAUAAGCACCAGGUAUUGGCCCUGCCCACUCAAUACCAGCAAUAUAAAGAUUCCACUUUGUAAGAGUAUUGAGUCUGAAUACAAUUGCAGUAGGUUGUACCAAUUAAGAUACUGUAGUUUGUUACUUUUAGAGUUGAGGGAUCUUGAAUGCAGUAUGCAUAUUUAUAUAAACAAUAAGUCAGGGUAGGCCCAGAAUAACUAGGAAAAUUCUGAUAGCUUUACUGCAGCUAUAUAUUAUAGAACAAUGAAGGAGAUAUUCUGUGGUGUCAUGGCCCAACACAUAUUGUACCCUAUUUCAUCCAUUAGCCAGUGUCAUAAUCUGUCUUUUGAGUAUUUAAAAGCUCCUGAAAAUGAUUAGUGAUAGUUAAGAUAUAUUAUAACUGUUAAAAAACUUGUGUUGGAGACCUUUAUGUAUUUCCUAUUGCCUCAAAAUGUCAUAGAAAUUAUUCUAAGAGCUUUCUUUUCAGCUAUCUUAAUA